GGGUUCGCAAAGCGCGAUCCCUCAGUCGGGAUGCCGGCCGCGUACCCUCUCCUCCAUUUGGUACCGUGAUGUUCAGUGAACGUGUGAAGCGUGUUUUAGAGACCAUUGGGAACCGUUCGCGGUUCUUCACCACGGUUUUCCUGGUUUCGACGUUCGCAGCAAGUGUUUGGACGGAUAACUCCACCGGUUCCGAGGGACCGAGUUUUACUGUGCCAAUAACAAAUGUGACGAUCCCAUUGGGCAGAGAAGCUGUACUCGCUUGCGUUGUUGCAAACCUUUCUGCCUUCAAGGUAGCAUGGUUACGAGUGGAUACACAAACUAUUUUAACAAUAGCUAAUCACGUGAUUACAAAGAAUCAUAGGAUUGGAGUAACGCAUACUGAGCGCAAAACAUGGCAUUUACACAUACGCGAUGUGAGCGAAUCCGAUCGAGGUGCCUACAUGUGUCAAAUAAACACCGAUCCGAUGAAGAGUCAAACCGGUUACUUGGAUGUUGUAGUUCCGCCCGAUAUUUUAGACUAUAUGACAAGUACGGAUAUGAUAGUCAGAGAAGGGAGCAACGUGACAUUACGUUGCGCUGCUAAAGGAUCUCCAACUCCAAAUAUUACAUGGAGACGAGAAGAUGGGGAAACUAUACUCCUUGGAAAUGGCGAAGAAGUGAGAAUUGUGGAAGGAUUUAUUUUCAAUAUCACUAAGAUAAAUCGAUUGCAAAUGGGUGCAUAUCUGUGCAUCGCUUCAAAUGGUAUACCACCUACAGUCAGUAAAAGAAUAAUGCUUACAGUACAGUUUAGUCCAAUGAUUUCAAUUCAAAAUCAAUUGGUCGGAGCACAAGAGGGACAAAGGAUGACUUUGGAGUGUAAUUCGGAAGCUUUCCCAAAGUCGAUCAAUUAUUGGACAAAGGAAAACAACGAAAUUAUAAAAAAUGGAGAAAAAUACAACCAAACUUUCUCAUAUAAUGAGUAUAAAGUACACAUGAAACUUACGAUAUCAUCGGUGGAAAUGUCCGAUUAUGGAACAUACAAAUGCAUAUCAAAGAAUUCUCUAGGGGAAACAGAUGGCAGUAUUAAGCUGUAUCAUAUUCCAACACCAACGACACAGCCGAGAACUACAACUACUACUCCAACCUCCACUAGUGAAGAAGUUGAAAAUAUUCAAAAUUCUCGACAAAGGCCAGAACCGAGUGUAGAACCUAGUCCACACCAAAUAACUGAUUCGUCGUUGCCUAACAUCGGUAGAACCGAUGAUAUACGGCUUCAUGGUAGGGCGAACAGCGGUAGCUAUAACGAUGGUGAAAACGCUGUAGUAACAAAAGGACGAAAAAGCAUCGACGGCGAGGUACGACCACGAAGAAUCGACAACACGGCACAAUCGAUGUCAUCCAGGGGUUCUAGUUCGAAUUUUCUGGUACAAUCUACAGCGGCCAUCUGCAUAAUCCUACUAUCUGCCCUGUCGUAGUCAUGUCAGUGUCUACCAGCGAAAAGAACGGUUAUUCGAGGAAAAUCCUUCGGGGAUCAAGAUUCGUCCUGUUCAUCGUCAUUUAUCUCAUCCGCGAAAGGGAUCAAUUAAUGGGUGUGCUUCGAUGCCGCAAAUUUAUCGACAACUAUUGCCUUUGUCGUCGUUGUGACUGAAAUCAACGAAACAGUUUUUCUUGCUGCAAACUUUGCACUAAAGUUUGCAAAUUAGGCGAUUAAUGGAAUUUCUAGUAAUACCACCGACGAGAUACUGCGCCUCGUCGGUGCUAAUACAUUUGAAUACUUGUACCAGAUAUUCGGCAAUGUGAUUACAUCUUUGCGUAUUCGCAGAAGUUCGUAGACUCUAGCUGUAACUCAACAAAUUGUACAAUUCACUUAGCAAUCUGCUCGUUACACGUAAUUCAUCUGUGAAUAAUCAUUUUAAAUUUUUCAAAAAUUUAGACUAUAAUUUAAGUUCAAUAGCUAUUUUUUCCCUAGCUAUUCUUAGUUAUUCUUUUUAGAAAUACAGAUAUUAUUCUGUGUCCAAGAUUCGUAUAUAUAUACAUAUAUAUGCAAUAAUUAGUUUAUAUUCAAUUUUCUUUUUAUUGUAAUCUGUUAUUUUAGUAAUAGAAAAUUAAUUUUAUUUGUAGAUCUCGUUUAUUUGUAACGCAUAUUAGCUUGAUUACACUCAACCUUCAUAAAUGAACGAAUUUAUAAAUAUGGAGUAUUUUAUAUGCUUUACAGCAAAAAGAAAUUGUUUUCUUUAGAAAUCAGCAGUAACCAUAACGCUAAAUCUAUUGAAUUUGCUAAUAUGAUCGAUAGAAGACAGUAUAAACAUAUUGGCUUGUUGUAAAUGUAGUUGAAUACAAACUUUUAUAUAAAAUUUAUGUACAUUAAUACUCACUUUGACGUAUUAGCAUUUGUUAAGAAAUGACAACCAAGAAACAUUAACAUUAAUAUUCAAUAAUAUUCAUAUUUUCAUUCCUCUUAUUCACUAAAGAAAUCAUAGUUACUGUCAUUGACAUUUUAUCAUUUCGAUCAAAAAGCAUCGUAGGCUUUUGAACAAUUAUAUGUACAGAAUACGACUCAUUUAUUUUAAAUUAUUUAAAACAUUAAUUAUUAUAAGAGGAUAUCGUUUGCAAUAUACUUUUAUACAGUAGAGCCGCGUUAAUUGAAUGCGAUACGGAUUCAAUGACUUGUUAGAAUCAAUGAAUCCAUAGAAAGUGUUUAGAAAUCCGAAUGAAUAAAAGAAAUUAUUAUUGAUCGAUGAUUCGUCGCUUCGAAGUGAUAAAUUGAAGUAAGUAAAAUCUUUCUAAUUGCUAUUUUCUUGAAUCGAUUAAAGGAGUAGAUAUCUGCUGUCAAAUUAACGAAUCCGUCCAGGACGUGCAAUUAUCACGGCCCUAUUGUAAAUCAGGUUUAAUAUACUGCUAGUAUGUCAUGUUCUUUUACUCAUACAUAUACUCGUAUUGAGCUUGAGCAAUAUUUAGGUAAAAUAUUUGAAAAAUAAUUAUUUCAAUAUCACCCUAUUUGAUUAGAUACUGUUUCUUAUGCUUACUAAUAUAUAUUUCCCCUUAGCCUUUAAUAUAAACAAAUGAUUUUUCUCCAAAUUAUUUGAUUAUUUAUUAAAUGAAAUAGAUUUUUAUUUCUUUUCGUAUGUUGCAUUCGAGUAAUAAUAUUCGAAAUAAUUUCUGACUUUAUUAUAUCAAUAUUAUCAACUACGUCAGAAAUACUGAUAUUUUUCACAGUGUCUCAUGCGCGUAUUAUUUAAAAAUAACUGGAAUUAAAACAAUUCCAUCACGAAUAUAUAACAAAUAUUGCGUUUGUAAAAUAAUAUUCAGCUAUAUUAUUUAUAACUUAAAUAUAUACACGAUAGAAUAUUUGAAAUUGUAACGAAUCGAGAUAUUGUACAGAUAAUUAAGAUAAUAUCUGAAAUGAAAAUAACAAAGUAAAUGAAAUGAUUCGUUGUUCAAAAAUUUUUUAUUUUUAUUUGGAAUAAAAUUUGCUCGGCUCGGACUUAUAUAUGUUUCAUAAUAUCGAAUAAUUUAUACUGUACAAUGUUGGUUCUGCGGCAACAAUCAUGUAGCUAUUGCACUUGCACUUCACGUCAACGUUUCGUGAACAUUGCAGUUUACUUUUUCAGGGUAGUCUUAAAACUAAGGCUUUCAAUUUAUUAAUUUUUAAGAGUUCUUCAAUUAUACGAAGCGAUGUCCCGAUUGGCUGAUCAAACAGAUGAUUCAACUCGAAAGUUCCACUCGAAUGCUCACUUCGUAAAAUCUAACCGGAAGUCGUUAAAUUUGAUUGACCAAUCGGGUAUACGUUAUAGCUGCUGUGUCCCUGUACAAAUUGUUCGAAUAUUUCAAAAUUCCGGUUGCUUAGCUGCUUCGCUUUCUGAAGAAGUAUGCAGAUAUUUUUGCGAUGACCGUUGUUUUUUCGAAUCAUAUGGCAUGGCCUGUCUCGAAAUGAUAUAAUGCUGGCUAAUCGACAAGAAUGUUCCAAACGAAUUUAGCUCCCGUGUUCUGUCAAUGUAAACGGUUGUGCUUAGUUGAACUCAUUAUCGGUAUAAAUGGAAACAACGCUUACAACCCUUAGUUUCAAGUCUGUCCUGAAGAAGUAAACGACAAUAUCUAUGAAACGUUGACGUGAAAUAUAAGUGCAAAGUGCAAGUGCAACAACAACGAUUGUUCCCGAAAAAUGUACAUCGUGACAUGUCACUAUCGUGAAAUCUAAAUCUUACUCUUCAGUUUAAUUUAAUGACUGAAUAUAUCUAUCAAUUCAUGAUGAAAAGAACAGAAUUAAAAUGCAAUUCAUAAAUAUGAUGCUGAAUAUUUUAUACAACGAAAAUCCAAUAAAUUAAUUUGUUUCAAGAUUUUUUAUAAAUCUCAUUUAUAGCAUAUAGAGGUUAAAGAAACGAGUAUUGCAAGAAAUAUGAUUGAAAAUGUUUUUUGAUCGUAGAUUUUGAUUUCUACUACUGUAUAGAUUACGAAAUUCAUAAAUAUGACUUUAAACGCCAAAUAACAAUUACGUAUUACACAGA